AUGACGCUACAACUGGUACGACGCGUCAUACGUAAUUCAUUAGCAAUUCGCUUUGAAAAUAAAAAUUAUUCACAAUUCGGUCGCCAUACUCGCCAUUGCAGAUUACGUAGCGAAUCCCGUUAUUCGGAGUGGGGGCUCGGACGCGCGAGGGGGGCACGUAUCAGCGGCACGGUUGGAGCGCGAGUUCACUCUGUCACUCGGUCAUUACGGUAUUUCUCUACAGCGCGUCCUACAUUCACGAUAUUGAAAGAAAGAGUGACAAUGCCAGAAAACAAACAAUUUCAGCGACUUCCAAAAAAUGUUGUUCCUAAACAUUACAACUUAGAAUUAGUCCCUAAUCUUCAAAAAUUUACAUUCUCGGGGAAAACUGCAGUGAAAGUAUCGAUCGUGAGUUCGACGAAAGAGAUAGUGCUCAACUGCUUAGAUUUGGAUCUAAAAAGUGUCAAACUUCAUUACAACAAUGAGGGUCUAGAAUCGGCGUUGAAACCAAUAGAAUUGCAGCUGAACGCUUCGGAAGAGACUGCUCGGCUUGUGUUUGAGAAACCGUUGCCGGAGGGAGAUGCUACAUUGCUGUGCGAGUUCACUGGUGAGAUCAACGACAAAAUGAAGGGCUUGUACCGCAGUAAAUACCUGACUCCCAACGGCGAAGAGCGUUACGCUGCGGUCACGCAGUUUGAAGCGACAGACGCUCGCCGUUGUUUCCCUUGCUGGGAUGAACCUGCCAUCAAAGCAACUUUCGACAUUUCUUUGGAGGUGCCCGCAGAUCGUGUCGCUCUGUCCAACAUGCCAGUUAAAGAAGAAACAGUUACUGGAGAAACAAAAUUUAUCAGAUUUGAUACCACUCCUGUUAUGUCUACAUACUUGGUAGCUGUGGUGGUUGGUGAAUAUGAUUAUGUGGAGAAAACUUCUCGAGAUGGUGUCCUUGUGCGUGUGUACACGCCAGUGGGUAAAACUAAACAAGGGUUGUUUGCUUUAGAGGUGGCUGCACGUGUGCUACCUUACUACAAGGAGUAUUUUGACAUAGCCUAUCCUCUGCCAAAAAUAGAUUUGAUAGCAAUUGCAGAUUUUUCAGCUGGUGCUAUGGAGAAUUGGGGUUUGGUAACUUACAGGGAGACCUGUCUAUUAGUUGAUGAGGAACACACAUCUGCAGUGCGUAGGCAAUGGAUAGCAUUGGUAGUGGGCCAUGAGCUGGCUCACCAAUGGUUUGGCAACCUUGUAACUAUGGAAUGGUGGACACAUCUUUGGUUGAAUGAAGGAUAUGCAUCCUUUGUGGAGUUCCUAUGUGUAAAUCAUCUGUUUCCUGAAUAUGAUAUUUGGACCCAGUUUGUCACUGAGACAUAUACAAGGGCUUUGGAAUUGGACUGUCUGAAAAAUUCUCAUCCUAUAGAAGUACCAGUUGGACACCCAUCUGAGAUUGAUGAAAUUUUUGAUGAUAUAUCAUACAAUAAAGGAGCUUCUGUAAUUCGUAUGCUGCAUAGAUACAUUGGAGAUGAUGAUUUUCGUAAAGGAAUGAACAUUUAUCUCAACAGGCAUCAGUAUAAAAAUACUUUUACUGAAGAUUUAUGGGCAGCAUUGGAAGAGGCAUCAAAUAAGCCAGUGGGUGAAGUUAUGUCUACAUGGACCAAGCAAAUGGGCUUUCCAAUGGUGCAGGUGACAUCUGAACAAAAGGGUAGGGACAGAGUCCUAACUUUGACUCAACAGAAAUUCUGUGCUGAUGGAUCCCAAGGCGAUGACACUCUGUGGAUGGUCCCAAUCACUAUCUCCACUCAGGAACAACCUUCAAAGGUGGCUCUGUCAACAGUGUUGGAAAAAAGGACGCAAGAAGUUGUGUUGGAAAAUGUGUCUGAAGAAUCAUGGGUGAAAUUGAAUCCAGGAACUGUGGGGUAUUACCGCACUCGCUACCCGCCGUCGAUGCUGUCACAGCUGGUGACGGCGGUGCGCGACGGGUCACUGCCGCCGCUCGACCGCCUCGGCCUCCUCGACGACUGCUUCGCGCUAGUGCAGAGCGGACACACGCACACCGCAGAGUCUUUAAAACUGAUGGAAGCAUUUACCAACGAAACAAACUUCACAGUGUGGUCAUCAAUAUCUAAUUGUUUAUCGAAAUUGAGUGUGCUAUUCUCUCACACGGCUUUGGACAAACCUUUGAAGAAUUACGGUCGCCAACUGUUUGCCAAUGUCACCAGUCGGCUGGGAUGGGAUGCGGAAGAGAAAGAAAGCCACUUGGACACUCUUCUCAGGAGUUUAGUUCUCAACAAAAUGAUUAGUUUCGAAGAUCCUGAGACAAUCAAGGAGGCGAAGAUUCGUUUCGAGCGGCACAGCUCGGGCUCGUGCCCGCUGGCGGCGGACCUGCGCUCAGCGUGCUACCGCGCGGUGCUGCAGGACGCGGACGCAGCCACAUUCGCGCGCUUCCUGCAGCUGUACCGCGCCGCUGACCUGCACGAGGAGAAGGACCGCAUCAGCCGCGCGCUCGGCGCCGUCACUGACCCUAAGCUGCUCAACCAAGUGCUCAACUUCGCUAUAUCGGACGAAGUGCGUUCACAAGACACAGUGUUUGUGAUAGUAUCAGUGGCAGUGAGUAGAAAUGGUAGAGACUUGGCGUGGCAAUUCUUCAAGGAUCAUUGGCAAGAAUUUAUGGACCGGUAUCAGGGUGGACACCUACUGGCGCGGCUGGUGAAAUACACGACGGAGAACUUCGCUUCCGAAGUGGCGGCGCAGGAAGUAGAAGAGUUCUUCCGUUCACAUCCGUCCCCCGGCACCGAGCGGUCGCUGCAGCAGGCGCUGGAGACCAUCCGCCUCAACGCGGCCUGGCUGCGGCGCGACCUCGCCUCCACCACCGGCUACCUGCAGCCCUACCACUGACGGACCAAAUGGCACAAGACUGAAACUACAACGAAAUCCACAGUUAUGUUUCAAUUGGAGAAUUUACGGUACAUAGAAAUCUAGCUUUAUUUAUUUUCAAUGACAUAUGUUAAUGUAAAUUUAUGAGAGUUAUUGUAUUAUAAUUUACUUUAUUUAUGCCACUUUUGUGACACUAUAAAUAUAUGCAUUUCGAUUAUGCAUUUCUGAAUAACAGAAUGCGUACUUAUGUAGUAUGUAUUUCAUAGGUUCACUGUUACAUUGCAGUGAUUGAUGCCUAGUAUAAAUUACAGAAGUAAUCAAAGGGACGGCCAUAUACAGGAAGGGAGCAACAUCUAAUAGCUAUUUGAACACUUUUCUUAAAUUCCAGUGUUUAUAUUAUGGUAACCGACAAAAUGGCAUUUCUUUUAUAACUCUUAUAGCCACUAGGUAAUGUAAAUGUGUAAAGAUAUUAAUUUAUGUUAAAAUUAUGUUACGAGUGAUUGAUUUCUCAUUGGUGCUGUAAUUUUGCUCUUACUUGGCUUCUAUAUAAAAUUACUUUUUUUCUCUUUUGCUAACGUCAUUACCAGUGUAGCGUCGUGCAAUAGGUAUUAUUAUUUGUUAAGGUUUAGUUAAAGUUGGAUAGUAAUUCUGGAUAUCGAAGUGAGUCAGUCAAAAUUGUGAUGUGUGUCGGCUAUAAUUUGAAGUUACCAACUUUAAUAAGUUUCCCAUUUAUUGUGGUCGCUAAUUUGUAAGACUGUGUUAUCGCAAUAAAUCGUACAAAAUUAUUUUA